AUGACAGGGAUAUUUGAAGAAGGGGAUGUCAAUAUUGGUGCGGUAUUAAAUAUUCAUACCGACAAGAAAUACCCCAGUAUGUUGUUCAAUCAGAAACCAGGACCAACCAUCUGCCAAAAUAUUCGCCUGGAUAUAUUUUUACAACUACAGAGCUUAAGAUACACAGUGAAAGAGAUAAAUGACGAUCCCAGAAUCCUCCCCAACAUUACCCUUGGUUUCCAAUUUCAUGAUUCCUGUCGGGUCAUACAGAAGGAGCUGGAGGGCACCUUGUGGAUAUUGUCUGGGCAAAGCAAAGCAAUACCCAACUUUAAGUGCCAAAAUAAGGAGCGGCUGGCUGCCAUCAUUGGACACUCAACCUCUACGUCCUCCAUCCUCAUGGCUCACAUACUAGGCCUGAGCAGGCAUCCUCAAAUCAGUCACGUUUCAACUAGUUAUCUUCUGAGUGAUAGAACAAAGUUUCCAUCUUUUUUACGAACGGUGCCCAGUGAUGUAUUUCAGUCACAAGGACUGGCCCAGCUUGUAUUGCAUUUUGGAUGGACAUGGGUUGGUCUGAUUGCUGAGGAUAACGACUAUGGAUUUCAUGGCAUUAGGAUCCUUCAACAAAAUAUCCUCAAAUUUGGUAUAUGUGUGGAGUUUAUUGUCUAUAUUCAGAACAGCCGUCCAGAUUAUAACAUCCCUCACAUCAUUGAGACUGUCAAAAAAUCGACGGCCAAAGUUGUGAUCGUAUACUCCACUGAUGCUGGGUUGUUAAUUUUAUUUGAUGAACUAAUCAAGCAAAAUGUUACAGGAAAGACUUGGGUAGCCAGCGAAGCAUGGUCUACAUCUUUAAACUUACUAAAUGAAAGGUACUGGAAGAUUCUUUUAGGUACUGUAGGUUUUGCCUUUCACAGUGACUAUAGUGAAGGAUUUCGUAAAUUUGUUGAUGAAAUUAAGUUAUUUAAAGGAUCAGUAGACCCAUGGGACAAUACGUUCUUAGAAGACAAUGUUGGUUGUGCAUUCAAAGAAUUCCAAAAUUUCUCAUUCCAAGGAGAACUGCCCACAAAAGCCUGUGCACUAGAAGAUAGAGUGGAAAACUUUAGAGUUGGAUUAAGUAUUGUAACCAAACCAAGAAGCAUGUACUCCAUGUAUUGUGCUGUGAAGGUAAUAGCUCAGGCUUUACAUGACCUUUCUACGUGUAAAAAAGGAAAUGGACCCUUUAUCAAUAGAAGCUGCUCAGAACUCUGGAACUUCAGACCAUGGCAGAUGCUACACUACAUGAAGAAAGUUCGGGUGAACCUGAGCAACGGAAAUGAACUGUUCUUUAAUGAUAAUGGGGACCCUCCUCCUGUGUAUGACAUUGUUAACUGGCAACAAGACCAGGAUGGAGCUGUAAGACAAGUAAAAGUGGGAAGUUAUAAACGUACAUCUGUUGAUGAGCACGCACUCAUAAUCAACACAAGUACUUUGCAAUGGUCUUCAGGUAGUCCAGUGGUUCCAGUUUCAAUUUGCAGUGAGAAGUGCCCAUCUGGUUCCAAGACAGCUUCUAUUAAAGGAGAACCAAGUUGCUGUUUCCAGUGUACCCCCUGUUCACAUGGAGAGUUUUCCAAUAAGACCAAUUCUGCUGAAUGCUCUAAAUGUUUAUGGAAUGAAUGGCCAAGUCAGGAAAAAGACAGAUGCUUGCCAAAACACAUUGACUAUCUCAAGUUUGAAGAGCCAUUGGGGAUAACGUUAACAUGUACCAGUGUUACAUCAUCCUUUGUCCCUUUAGCCAUUUUAUGGCUUUUUAUUCAUUAUAAAGCUACUCCCAUAGUGCGUGCCAACAAUUUUAACAUCAGCUGUCUGCUUCUGAUCUGCCUUUCCCUUUGCUUCUUGUGCUCUUUGGCAUUCAUUGGUUAUCCUCAACGUCAAAAGUGUCUAUUACGUCAGGUAGCCUUUGGGAUGGUCUUUGCCCUUUGUGUAUCGUGUAUACUGGCCAAAACCAUAAUGGUUAUGAUUGCAUUUAGAGCCACCAAACCAAACAGUUAUUUUAGUAAAUUUGCUAGUCCACAUGUUUCCUAUAAAGUAAUCAGUUUGGGAACUUUUUUACAGUCUCUUAUUUGUACCUUUUGGCUUUUAUUCUUCCCACCAUACCCUCAGUACAACAAUAACGUCACACCUGAAAUUCUCAUUCUUGAAUGCAAUGAGGGAUCAAUGGUUGCUUUUUUGUGUACUUUGGGCUAUCUUACUCUUUUAGCUACAUUUAGUUUUCUAGUUGCUUUCCUGGUUAGGCAGCUCCCGGAUAGCUUUAAUGAAGCUCAAUUUAUUACCUUCAGCAUGCUGGCUUUCCUAAGUGUUUGGCUGACCUUCAUAGCAAGCCACCUUUCCAUUAGCACCAAGUACACAGUGGCCUUGGAAAUUUUUGCUAUCCUAUCCUCUACCUGGGCUAUGCUUGGCUGCAUGUUUGUUCCAAAAUGCUAUAUAAUUUUACUCCAUCCCAAAAUAAACUCCAAAAAAUAUCUCAUUAAGAGAUUUGGCAACAGGAAAUAAAAUGCAGAGAUUAUCUUAC